AUGGAUCCUGGAAAAGCCUUCCAUUAUUCAACAGUUAUGAGCAAGGACUAUCACAUAUUUUGGCCAUCACCUUCAGAUCCUGUUUUUGAAGUGGAUACUUCUCAUAAAAAAGUAGAAAGCAUGUCAGAAUCGGAUACCAUGAAUGUCAGCAAUCUUUCUCAAGGCAUAAUGCUUUCAGAUUCUCCCAUCUGUAUGGAAACCACCAGUACCACUUGUGACUUGCCUCAGAAUGAAAUAAAGAAUUUUGAAAGGGAAAAUGAGUAUGAAUCCACACUUGGUGAAGAUGCUUAUGGCACACUAGACAAUUUGUUAAAUGGCAACAACAUUGAAAAUUACUCAAAGAAUGUACUAACUCAGCCAGUUGACACCAUCAGCAUAUCUUCCUUGAAACAAUUUGACACCGCUUGCAAAUUUCACUGGGUAGAAGCAUUUGAUGAUGAAAUGACAGAGAAACCAGAAUUUCAAAGUCAAGUUUAUAAUUAUGCAAAAGACAAUAUAAAGCAAGACUCAUUUAAGGAAGAAAAUCCAGUGGAAACUAGUGUUUCUGCAAAUACAGACCAACUUGGUAACGAGUAUUUUAGACAGCCUCCUCCUAGAAGCCUGCCUCUAAUCCACUGCAGUGGAGAGACCCUGAAAUUUCCAGAAAAAUCACUGGCUAAAAGUACUGCCAAGGAAUCUGCCCUCAACCCUAGCCAACCUCUAAGCUUCUUGUGUAAGGAAAGUACUGCAGUUCCUUCGAAAGAAAUACAGAAUUAUGGGGAGAUUCCUGAGAUGUCAGUCAGUUAUGCAAAGGAAGUCACAGCAGAGGGUAUGGAGAGGCCAGAAAUUGUCUCAACUUGGUCUUCGGCAGGCAUCUUCUGGAGGAGUAAAGCAUCUCGGGAGAACUGUGAGAUGCCUGACAUGGAGCAAAGUGCUGAAAGCUUACAACCUGUUCAAGAGGACAUGGCUUUAAAUGAAAUCUUGCAGAAAUUAAAACAUAUGAACAGAAGGCAGGAGGCGCAAAUCCAAGAACUCCAGUGUAGUAACCUGUAUUUAGAGAAGAGGGUUAAAGAACUACAGAUGAAGAUUACCAAAUAGCAAGUGUUCACUGAUGUCAUCAAUAAGCUAAAGGAGAAUGUUGAAGAAUUAAUUGAAGACAAAUACAAAGUAAUCCUAGAGAAAAGUGAUACCAAAAAGACAUUGCAGAAUUUGCAAGAGAUUUUAGCUAACACCCAAAAACAUCUUCAGGAAUCCAGGAAUGAAAAGGAAAUGUUACAGCUUCAAUUUGAGAAGAUCAAGGCUAAUUAUGUGCGUUUACAGGAAAGGUACAUGACUGAAAUGCAACAAAAAAAUAAAUCUAUAAGUCAGUAUUUAGAGAUGGACAAAACCUUAAGCAAGAAAGAGGAAGAGGUAGAGAGACUACAACUCAAAAAAGAACAGGAAAAGGCCACAGCUUCUGCUUUGGACUUGUUGAAACGGGAAAAAGAGACCCAAGAGCAAGAGUUCUUGUCUUUACAGGAGGAAUUCCAGAAACGUAACAAGGAAAACCUGGAAGAAAGACAGAAACUGAAAUCUAGACUUGAGAAAUUGCUCACUCAGGUUAAAAAUUUGCAAUUUAUGUCUGAAAAUGAAAGAGCUAAGAAUAUAAAACUUCAGCAGCAAAUCAACGAAGUAAAAAAUGAGAAUAAAAAACUUAAACAGCAGGUUGCAAGGAGUGAAGAGCAAAAUUAUGUCCCUAAAUCUGAGACAGCUCAGUUAAAGGAGCAAUUAGAGGAAGUCAUGAAGUCAGAUAUUACCAAGCAUACAAAAACGACACAUUCUAAUCUGCUCCUGGCUUGCUCACCUUGUGAAGAAGAGAGCCUGAAUCCUGCAGAUAUAAAAAGAUCUUCUCGACUGGCCUCCAGAAUGCACAGUGUUCUGGCUCUGAUGGUGGGACUUCUCAAGUGCCAGCUAAUAAAACACAUAUUAGAUAUUUUAGACAUCACCAAUUCUGAUGCCGAACAUUUCAAAGAGAGUGAGAAGGUUAGUGAUAUAAUGCUGCAAAAAUUGAAGAGCCUCCAUCUUAAAAAGAAAAAUUUAGAUAAAGAGCUACUGAAACAUAAAGAUAGAAUCACAACCUUUAGAGAUUUAAUUGCUAAGGAAAAAGCAUUUCAAGAUGAUGCUAUUAAGGUCACAGACUGUGAUUCAGAUGAAGCCAAGAGUAUCAGAGAUGUACCUACCUUUCUGGGAGCCAAACUGGAUAAGCACCACAGUCUAAAUGAGGAGCUUGAUUUCUUGAUCACAAAAUUGGGACAUCUCCUAGAGUCAAAAGAAAGCCACUGCAACAGACUCAUUGAAGAAAAUGACAAGUAUCAAAGACAUUUAGACAACUUAAUAAAGAAGGUUACAUCAUAUGAAGAAAUCAUUGAAUGUGCUGACCAAAGGCUCUCAGUAUCCCACUCCCAGAUUGCACAUUUGGAAAAGAGAAAUAAACAUUUAGAGGAUUUAAUUAGAAAGCCCAGAGAAAAAGCUAGAAAACCAAAAUCGAAAAGUUUAGAAAAUCAUCCAAAGUCCAUGACUAUGAUGCCAGCUGUUUUUAAAGAAAAUAGAAAUGAUUUAGAUUAA